AUGGAGACUUAUAAUACCAACAGUGGAUUACCUUCUGCUUUUCCUGGACACAAUGCCACUCAGCAGUCCGGUCGUUGGUGGAGACCAUGGGUUGGAUCAAAGGACACAACUGGGGCAAACAGGGGUCACUCUAAUGACGGAGACCUUUCCGCUGCCCAACAACACAAAACUCCUCAGGUCAUUCACCCAGUCAAGUUGUUCUGGCCAAAAUCGAGAUGUUUCGAUUAUCUGUACCAGGAUGCAGUAAUGCUCCUGCGCAACUAUCCGGUGCAAGCCACCAUCUCCCUUUACGAAGACUCCAGCAGCGAUGAAGACAGCGAGGAAGAAGAGGACGAGAUGGAGAAGGAGCUGAACUGA